GCUUUCAUUCAGUCCGUGUUCCCUUCGUGCAAGGAAAAUGGCUAAACGCAUAGCAGUGAUUGGUGGUGGAUGCAGUGGGCUUACAGCAACAAAAUGUUGUCUGGAUGAAGGGUUGGAACCUGUGUGUUUCGAGCGAACAGAUGAAAUAGGAGGAUUAUGGAAAUACACCAUGCACGUAAAAGAUGGACAGGCCUGCGUCAUGAGGUCUACGGUGAUCAACACGAGUAAAGAGAUGAUGUGCUUCAGCGACUAUCCUAUUCCUAAACAUUACCCAAACUUCAUGCACAACUCGCACGUGUGGCAGUAUUUCAAGGAUUACGCAAAGCACUUCGGUCUCACAGACUACGUCCAAUACAACAAAGAGGUGGUGAUGGUGAAACGGGCGGAGGACUUCUCAAAAACUGGACGUUGGAAUAUAGAAUUAAUUGACCACAAGAAUGGAGAGACAUGGAGCGAGAGUUUUGAUGCUGUUUUAGUCUGCACUGGCCACCAUGCUGAGAAGAAUGAACCCUCCUUCCCAGGACUGUCAGACUUCAAAGGCAAGGUUCUGCAUUCCCAUGACUACAGAGAACCAUGGGAAUUUGUGGGCAAGAGAAUACUUAUUAUUGGCAUUGGAAACUCUGGUGGUGACAUGGCUGUUGAACUAAGCCGGGUUGGACAAGUAUUUCUUAGCACACGAAGAGGGACAUGGAUUUUGAGCAGAAUCUCAAAUGGUGGCAUGCCGGUUGAUAUUGCUUACAUUCGCCGAUUUAUUUUCAAGUUCGUUCACUUUUUACCCAGAUCAGUUCUUAACAAUUUAGCUGCAUCAACUUUGAACAAGCGGAUUGAUCAUGCCAUGUUUGGUUUAAAGGCAGAUUUUCCUCCCCUUGCUCAACAUCCUAUGGUCAAUGAUGACCUUGCUAACCGCAUUGUAUGUGGUAGUGUGAAGAUCAAAACAGACGUCAAGCAAUUUACAUCCAAUGGAGUGGAGUUUGUGGAUGGAACUUUUGAAGAUAACAUUGAUGUGGUUAUCCUUGCCACCGGUUACAUCUUUGGCUUCCCUUUCAUCGAGAAGGAUGUGGUAGAUGUCAAGGAAAACCGCCUGCCAUUCUUCAAAUACAUGUUCCCUCCUGACCUGGAGCACAAAACACUAGCCACGAUUGGUUGCAUCCAGCCUCUUGGUGCCAUCAUGCCCAUUGCCGAGCUGCAGUGCAGACUAGCCACUCGUGUGUUUAAAGGAGACGUCACACUGCCGUCUAGAGCACAAAUGUGGGAAGAUAUUCGAGCCAAGGAAGCACACAUGGCAAAACAAUAUGUUAAGAGCCAGCGGCACACAAUUCAAGUGGAAUACAUCCCCUUUAUGGAUGAGCUUGCAGAAUUAGUAGGCUGCAAACCAGACAUUGUUGAGAUUUUUAAGAAAGACCCUAAGCUGGCCAUGCACGUCUUCUUUGGUCCUUGCACGCCAUAUCAAUUCCGGCUGACUGGUUCUGGUAGGUGGGAAGGAGCGCGUGAUGCAAUAAUGACUACUAUGGACAGAGUAAGGUUUCCACUGGCCACACGAUGCAAUCCACAGGAAAGCAAAGGUGCACUAGUUCCUCAUCUCCUGAAGCUGCUAAUCAUCAUUGCUGCGGUGAUUCUUUUGCGUUUCCUUUUUGCUUAGUGUGGAUCUUCCUCAUUGACUGAAAGUCAUAUAUAUUUGUUUUUGUUUGUUUUUUUUUGUUUUGUUUUUUUGAAAGAACUUUAUCUUAAAGACUAAUGAAAAUAUAACUUUCAACAUGACAAAAACUUUUGUAAAUAUUCCUGGGGAAACUGACUGGUGUUUCUGGAAAAUUAACAUGACCUCAGUAAUUGUGGAGAUUUUGUAAUGAUGACUCAGGUUCUUUUCACACUGUCCAGUAAAUAUACCUCAGUGAUUACCAAACUUUUUAACUUGUGAAUGAAUGAAUUAUUUCAAACAGGGCCCAGUAAAUUGUCUAGGAAAUAUCAAAACUAACUGAAAAAUUGCAAUGAAUUUAUGAAUGUUAUUCAGUAAUUUUUUCAUGCCAAUAUUUUCUACCUUCAUUUAUAGCUUAUUGAAGAGUGAAACUUUGAAUUAACAUGUAUUGAAGAGUAUUUGCAUACAUUUUGUUUUAAUGUUUAUGCAUUAUGAUUGCUGAUGAUUUAUAGGUGAUGUUAAUAAAACUAAUGUUUAUACACCUUUUAUAUAUACAGCUUUGCAUGUUGAACUUUGCUUUACUCUGUAUGCAUUUUUAAAAAGCUGAUCUUUGGAAAUAUCUGUGAAUAACAUGUAAUAAUGCCAACAUUUGGAAGCAUUUUAAAUGUAUCACUAUUCAGUAUUAUAUAUAUUCUAAAAUGGAUAUGAUAUCCCACCAUUUUUGGUUUUCAUUUAUUUUUUAUAUUUUUGUCAUUCUACCUGUUGAUGAUUUUUAAGUGGUAGAGAAAGGCAAUUCCUAUUGUUUUCUGCAUAAAAGUCAUGAGGAGAAGGUAUCCUGGAACACUUUCAUUUGUUAUAAAUUUAUAUAUAGAGAGGGAGAGUUAGCUACAUAUUACAAAUCUUUACAGAUGCACGACUGAUUUACUUGUUUAUGUAUUCUGCUAAAUCAUUCACUAUUAUCAGCAUGUGGUGUUCCUUUGUAAAGUGACCAAAAUAUUUAAGUCUGCCUGAACCAGAACUAAUGGAUAUUUGUCACUAUCAGUUGAUCUGGCAUGUUUCUUUAUGAUCAGAUGGCAUUCCAGUAGCUAUCUUCAUCAAAACCUGAAGAAUCAGGCAGCUAUUGUGCUUCACUAGGAUUUGUUAAUCAUAAGAAACGGGUAAAAGUUUUUAGAAUG